AUGUCGGGGAAGGCGGUGCUUGCUGCCCUCUCGGGUGUAUGCGGAGGUCGUGUCCGCUACUUUUGCGCAUGCCGCUUGACGUAUUUGGGGCGCCAGAAGCGUCUCUUUCUUUGUGUUGGGGCUGAGGCCCUCUUUUUCUUGAAGCGCGAUCUCUCGAGACUUAUCUCAGGAGGCGAGCUCAUGCUGUGUUUCAUCCGCUAUAUCGUGUCAGACACCUCUUCAGACACGCGUCUGCUCGUAUACAUGGAUGAAGAAGAGGUGCACCGGGCCAACAACAAGGUCUGGGGAGGCACAGGGGGCUCUAAGGGGGGGCCUCUCAUCGUCGAAACGGCAGAUCGAGACGUUCUAGAGAAGUGGAUCGAAACCGUGUGGUGUGCUGACUUUGCCCUGAGGAGGGGGCGUCUGGGCAGGUAUCCCAGGAUUCUCCUAGAUGUGACUGCAGAUGACGGAGAGAGGCUGUCUGUGGUGCAAACAGUGCCGCAGAUUAAGCCCUUCCUUGGCACGCAGCAGCAAAUGUGUGUGACAGACCUUCCAGCUAUGGGGAGAGGGGAUGUCCGCUACGUUGCUGCAGGGUUCCGUCGAGCGCUGCUAGAGGCCUCACCCUUUGCAUAUCUGGUGAGGAGCGUUGCGUAUGUGAAGAAGAUGAAUCUUACGGAUGACCCUUCCCAAUGGACGGGGUGGCAACGCUUGGGAUUCGGAUUGGGUGAUGCAUGCGCAGCUGUGGUGCACGUAGGCGUGCGAAUUUCGACUGUACACACAGACACCCCCCCAAUCAUGGACAUGUGUCAGGAUAUGAUUCUAACGUACAAAGUGUGUCAUGAUGACCAAAAGGAGUCAAAGUUGUCAGACUGGGACUUGUUGCGCGAGGCAGAGCUCGUAGCUGACUCCAUCUCGCCGGAGGCAGCCAAGAGCAGCUGCAUCAAGGAAGUGCUGCAGGCGAAGCUCGACGCCCUUAUUCUGAAUGACGAGCAUUACACGUGGCUGUACAUGAACUUGAGGAUGACGCCCAAGUGGAUUGCCCCUGCCAAGGUUUUUCUGAAGUCACUCCUCGUGAUUCUGCAGAGAGAAGGCAUUCUUGCGGAUGACGACUUGCUCGACGCCGUAGGUUCUGCAGUUGCCGUGGUAGAAGACCCCAUGCUUGUCGCGCUCGAUAUGGUUCGAUCAGGAGAAGGCGUGCUGCGGCUUCUUGCCGCAGGCGUGGACCCCAGUGUUGAUGGACUUGCAAUAGCUGCAGCGGUUGAAGUUGCCGAGGCAUCAGAGUCUUCCGCGAAAAUUCAAAAGUCUCAGCACACAGCUGCCUUGGCCCUGCAUCGUUGGGCUAUGCGAGUUGCCUCGUAUUUGGCAUAUUGCGUUAAUGGCGGUAUUUUAGGCCCGCGAUUUUCGCUUGCUGACUUGGCAGAGGCUGUCGGACUAGUAGGCGCAAACGCAGACCAGCUUGUUCGAGCCGCUAUCUCGUUCAUGCUGCAUCUGCGGCCAAAGGAUUUUCUACUGCCGUGGAACCCAGAUACAAUGAAAACGGCACGCAUGUCUCUUCGACGGCGAGAUUUUGUCUUCAAUCACAAACCCUUCAUGAUUCUUCUGGAGUGCGGCUAUAUCGCCAAGUUGUUUCCCAGAAAAGAAGAGGCCGCCUACAUCGAGAUGCUGAGAGCUUUGUUACACGGAGCACGCACCGUGGACUUCAAGACAGCCAUAUGCAAACAAAUUCUGAAAGCAACGGGAGAUAAGCAGAAGAAGGCGGUAGAUUUGCUUUUUUCCAUCGUGCCCGCUUUAGUUCAAACCAUAAGGGCCAAGGAUGCCACGAGAUCUGGGAAUAACAUGCCGCUGCUGCACUUAUGUGCCGCUUCCUUGGUCAACUUGAGCGCCGGCGAUCCACGAACAAAGGAAAUCUUACUUGAAGGGGGGAUUCACUCAGCAUGUCUCACUCUCCUCAAAACGAAGGAAGCCAGCGUAAUUCAAGCUGCAGUGCUACUGCUUCUCAAUCUUACAAAGAUGGCAGCCCACAGGCAAAAAUUCCUUGCUGCAGGCGGCUUGUAUGCAACAGUCGAUCUUCUCAUGCACAACUAUGCCUCCGAUCUGCCUUCACGCCAUAGACUUCUCUGCGGUCUCAUGGGGGUUAUUGGGCAACUUGCAAAUGACGAAGACGCCAGGAGAGACCUUGUAGAGCGCUUUCCUGUCGUUGACUUUGUGCUAUACGCCUUCCACAACUCCGCUGAUAACGUCGAAUACAAAACAAAAAUCAUUUUUGCUCUUCGCCAGCUCAGUGUAGGACGAUGGCAAGUCCAGCAAAGGGUCUCUAAACAUGUCACACGGAGCAUUACCGCCGAUUUGGCCCAAGUCGAAUCAACAGAAUUCGCAAGUACUUUGGCAAGCUACAAGCCGAAUUGUUUCGACAUGAAGGCCGCUGGAAUUCAGGAAGCUCUAUCCAUCAUGCUGCGGCGCACUAAAUUAGAUCUUCUGUACCACCGUGUGGCCAACCUCCAGGAGAGGAUCAAUACCCAGACCAGGUAUGAUUACUUCUCUAUUUGA